GAUGCGAUUGCUACGCGACUGACCCGGCAGUCUCUCCGGGUACUCCGGCCUCUUCGAUGGCCUCCGUAUACCAGGAGGUUGAUAUUCAGGCCUGUCAGAUGUUCAACUCGGCGUCAGCGACUCCGUCGGACUUUCCAACGGCUAAAUGGGCACCUCGAUGCGAGGCCAACACUGGCAACAUUUGUCCGACAAUCAACUCCAGGCUGAUUUGAACCCGGGAAGAACGUCAACACGCCAAACGCCGAGGAUGGCUUACGGUCGAAACCCGGAAUCGAUGCGUCAACCACCCAUGAAGAAAGCACGUCUCGUGGCCAGAGAGCACGCCUCACGGAUGGACACGGUUUCUUACGACGCAGACGCCAAGUGCACCGAGGCCGCCAACACGCACCAGCAAAGUGACCACGAAACCUGCUCUUCACCAAGACCGGAAGGGAAAAAGACGUAUCGCGUCAAAAACCGAGCCGCCGCAAAGCGAUGCCGCGAGAAGACAAAACAACAUGAACUAGAUCUCACUGCUCAAGAAAAGCAAGUUACACAAGAGCGAAUGUAUCUGGAUGCUUAUGUAGCAGCACUCAAAAACGAGAUUCUAGUCCUGAGAAGCCAGAUUCUUGAACACGGAGACUGCGACUGCGAGAUAAUCCGAGGAUACAUUGCAAGAACAGCUAAUAAUAUCAGCAUCGGGCUUCCUGGAGAAUGCUAGUUGGCGUAGCGAGAGAAUACAAGGGCAACAUUUACUCAUCCUGUCUUUCGCUGUUGGACGGAUACAACGCCCGAAGUUCGAACAAGAUCGAGGUCUUGAAUAUCAGGUAUAGCAAAAGACUCUUGAUGCUAGCCUCACAUCUACACGAUAUGUGAAUUAAGGUAGGCUUUCCUUCAUUCUUUGCUCCAAGCACUCCUCCU